GGCCGACUCUUAGUCUUCUUGGUAAGAUAAUACAGCGCAAAUACUAUCAUCGCUAAACUCUGGCACAUAUACCGUCUACUUUACCAUGGAGUAUUUACCGAUUGCUUUGUCCAUAGUGGCAGCGAUACUCGUCGUUAUUUACUACUUUACCACGAAAAAUCAUAAUUUAUUCAAGAAGCAUGGAAUUUUGCAUAUUCCACCAACGCCACUGUUUGGAAAUAUGGGACCCUUGCUUAGGCGACAGUGCACCAUGCACGAUUUUAUUCUCAAAAUUUAUCAAUUACAUCCUGAAGCGAAAUAUGUUGGCUUCUACGAAUUUCUGACGCCUGUACUAAUGCUCCGCGAUCCGGAGCUGAUUAAAGCUGUCACCAUUAAGAACAUUGAACACUUCCCAGACCAUCGACCGUUCGCGUACAAGGAAGUGGACCCUUUGUUAGGGGGAAUGUUAUUUUGUCUGACAGGUGACAAGUGGAAGGAGCAUAGAAAUAUGUUGUCUCCCACGUUUACUUCUAGCAAGAUAAAAGGCAUGUACAAACUGAUGUCCGAUUGCGCAGUCAAAUUCGUGAACCAUUUAACGAAACUGCCGGAGAACGAGCGUGAAAUGGAGAUGAAGAGCCUUCUGAGUAAAUAUACAAACGACGUCAUCGCUACCUGCGUGUACGGUGUCUCCGUGGAUACAAUAAAGGAACCGAAUAACGUAUUUUACGUGUACGGCAAAAUAGGCACGACGUUAAUAACUUUCAAAAAAUCUCUAACAAUGUUGAUGCACAAAAACGCCCCUUGGUUAGCGAAACUCUUGCAAUUUAAAUACGUGGAAAGCUACGUCGAGAAAUUUUUCUCUGAUAUAGUGACAGACACAGUCAAAACUAGAGAAAAGACUGGCGCUUAUAGAUCGGACGUAAUACAACUAUUGCUAGAGACUAACCAAAAGAAGGAGCCGGGAAAAGGUAUGAGCGUGGAAAGUAUGGCCUCUCACGCUUUCAGCUUCUUCUUCGGCGGAUUUGAGGCCGUUUCCACGCAAAUCAGCUUAGCGACGCACCUGUUGGCCGAGAAUCCAGAUGUUCAAAAAAGAUUACAAGAAGAAAUCGACGAAGCAUUGGAAAACAACAACGGGCAAUUAACCUACGCUAUUCUAAGCGAGAUGAAGUAUCUAGAUGCCGUGAUGAAUGAAUCCUUGCGACUCCAUCCGGUAGCUAUAUUCAUAGACAGACUAUGUGCUAAAGAUUUCGAACUGCCACCUGCGUUACCCGGUGACAAACCUUUCACUGUCAAGAAAGGAAUGAACGUUUGGAUUCCUGUGAAAGCGAUUCAUCACGAUCCUCAAUAUUACGAAAAUUCUCUGAAAUUCGAUCCAGAUAGAUUUUUUAAAAAUGGUAAGAUUAUAAACUCGGACACGUAUAUGCCAUUUGGCCUUGGGCCCAGAAUGUGCAUCGGAAACCGGUUUGCACUCACAAAGAUGAAGGUAUUGCUAUGUCACCUUCUUGCCAAGUGCAAUGUCAAGAUCGGACCCAAAACGACAACUCCGUUAGAAUUCCAGAAAGGUGUGAUAAGUGCCGGUGCGAAAAAUGGAUUCUGGUUGAUCAUUGAGCCAAGGAAAAGUUCUUAUCGCUUUGCCCAAGUUAACGGAGGUGCCAAUGGGAUUUGUACAAAUGGAAUAGAAUUUAUGUCAACACAUUAUCCACAAGAUGAUGUCAUCAUGAACAAUGAUUUUUUCCCAGUCGUAACUUUAAAAUCAUUUAAUUCAGGAACUUUUAAAUUAGUUGAGACAUCCGUACGAAAAUUUACAGCUAGAUUAAAUAUUGUUAUUUUUACACAUUACGAUUUGUGGUAUAUUCGAAUGGAGUAUCUGUCCCUUGGUCUGUCUUUGAUAGCGAUACUGAUCGCUAUCUACUACUGUGCCACGAAGAAUCAUAAUUUAUUCAAGAAACAUGGAAUCCUGCACAUUCCACCGAUGCCAUUGUUUGGAAAUAUGGGAUCCUUCUUCGCAAAACGGUCCACCUUGCAAGACACCAUUCUGAAAGCUUAUGAACUUCAUCCUGAAGCGAAAUAUGUUGGCAUAUACGAGUCACUCACGCCUAUCAUAGUGCUCCGCGAUCUUGACUUGAUCAAGUCUGUCAACAUGAAGAAUUUCGAUCACUUUACCGACCAUCGUAACUUUGUCUUCAAGGACAUGGACCCUAUAUUUGCCGGAAUGCUGUUUUCUAUGAAAGGCGACCAAUGGAAGGAGCAAAGGAGCAUAUUGUCACUCGCGUUUACUUCCAAUAAGGUAAAGGAUAUGUUCAAUCUGAUGUCCGAGUGUGCUAUCAGAUACGCGAACUAUUUAUCGAACCUAGCGAAGAAUGAGCGUGAAAUGGAGAUGAGGGAUCUGCUGACUAAAUAUACCAACGACGUAAUCGCCACCUGUGUCUACGGUGUAUCUGUCGACACCAUAAAAGAUCCGAAGAACGUAUUUUAUACGUACGGCAAGUCGACCACGUUCACUAGUUUCAAAAAAGAUAUGGCAAUGUUGGCGCAAAGGAACCUACCCUGGCUGGCGAAGCUCCUCCAGCUCAGAUUUCUGGAGAAACAUAUAGCGAAAUUUUUUACCGACCAAGUGAUCAACACGAUCGAGGAAAGGAAACAGAAUGGCACUUAUCGAUCAGAUAUUCUACAACUAUUUAUAGAUGUAAAUGACAAGAAGGGCCCAGGAAAAGGUAUGAGCACGGAAAACAUGGUUAAUCACGCUUUUAGCUUAUUCUUUGGUGGAACUGAUUCCGUUGCAACGCAGACGAGCUUUCUGUUCUACCUUCUAGCCGAAAAUCCAGAGAUUUUGAAAAGACUACAGGAGGAAAUCGACGAAACAUUGAAAAAUAAUAACGGAAAAUUGACUUACGAUGCCAUACAGAAGAUGAAGUACUUGGAUGCCAUGAUCAACGAAGCGAUGAGAUUGCAACCAAUUACCGUAUUCUUGGAUAGACUAUGCGUGAAAGAUUUCGAGCUACCACCAGCCUUACCUGGUGAAAAACCUUUCACCGUUAAAGCAGGAAUGAACAUCUGGAUACCUGUUGACGCGAUUCACCACGAUCCCAAGCACUACGAAAAUCCGCAGAAAUUCGAUCCGGAUAGAUUCCUCGAAAAUGGAAAGAAGAUCAUAAAUUCGGGGGCGUUUAUGCCGUUUGGUCUCGGUCCCAGAAUAUGCAUCGGCAAUCGGUUCGCGUUAACAGAGAUAAAGGUAUUGCUGUGCCACAUUCUCGCCAAGUGCAACGUCAAGAUUGGAUCGAAGAUGUUGCUUCCAUUGCAAUAUGAGGAAGGUGUGAUAACCGCCUAUGCUAAGAAUGGAUUUUGGCUGAAUGUUGAGCCCAGAGAACAUUCUUACUGUACAUCUCAAACUAAUGGAACGACAAAGCAUCUGAGCAAUGGAAAUUGUAGAAAUUGAAUUUGCGAAUGAGUGAUUUUUAAUGCGGUUAAAAUCUUCUUCGCGUACGGAGUAGUGUUUUUCGGUUAACUCUAUGUCGGCGGACGUCACGCCGAUUCAGUCGUAAUCUACGUGAUCCAUACGUUGGCUCAAUUUUAUUUGGAGCAUACUGAAGAUGUUUUGUAAUAUGAGCCUCGCCCCUUCCUCUCCAUUAGCGAUAAGAAAACUCUCGCACGAUCUCCAUAACAAGGGCAGAAAAGACAUUUUGGAGUAAAAAAAAUUUACUGCGGAUCCAACGGCGCAGCGUCCGUCUUUCGAAUGUUAAUCCUAAUACUGACUAAGAUUGCUAUUUAUUUUACUUAAUAUAAUAUAAGCAAAAUAAAAAGUUUCUUAUAUAAUUCGUGAUCCGAUUGAUUAUUCGCUCGUGCUUCGAAAGAUUAAUAUUGUGUAAUAAACAAUUUGCUGAACAUAAUUGUUUCGUUAGAGUUUGACAAAAAAACAUUCUAUUUUUUAGCAAGUAUAUGACGUAAUUGAAACAUUAAGUUCAGAAAAUUCGUUUGGCAUAAAUACAGAAUGAAAUAAAUUUAAGGAUGCGUGGAUAUACAUAUAACAUAUGUAUACUAAAUAUUAAAUGAGAAAAGUUCUUUAAUUGCAAUUAAUAAAAGAAAAAUAUCGUGGAUUAAAGUAAAAAGAGAGACUAAUCAUGAUGAAUAAAUAGAUAAAUAGAAUGUUUGACACUUGUGGAAGGAAAUAUUGUAAUCGAGGAAGCAUUGUUUCGGAUAAUUUGGAAGGUAACGUUAAUUUUUAUUCCGCAUGUGAGAUUUAAUAGAAGCGCAAAUUUACUGCGUAAUUAUAUAUCGUUUAUCUGUAAAUUAUAUGUAUGAAUAUGAGUUAUAAUUUUUUCCAUAAACAAUAGUCUUCAAAGCGAUAAAAGUAUAUGUUAUACAUUAAUUAAAGUGUCAUUGGUGCAAUUUAUUAUAACUGUAAUUUAUUUGCCAUAGUUUUAUCGUAGGGUAUAUACCACUGCAAAGAUGAAGAGGGAAGAAAGGUAGAAGAAGAGCAAGAAAACUAAGAUUCGUUUUCCCUCUUAGCUAUCGUUUCGCGCCUUUUUCCACUAACACGACAAGACAAUACACUGCUUGAAUCCACCCUUACGAUCUUCAGUUCAUUAAUUCUGGCCAAAAGCCGGUCUUGAUGGUGCUGGUUCGAUCGCUAACCUUCGGUCUUGGAGCUUUCCUUUUCAUCCCUUCCACGCACUCACCGUAGCUAAAGUGAAUUACAUUAGAGGGGAGAGGGUAGUUUUAUCGAGUCAACCUGCUAGAUAUUUCCUAAGGCACCUAAGGGUCGUUGGAUCGGAAACGGGUCCUUUAACAACGACCAACCUUCCGAAGAAGUUGCACGAUAAUCUGCACUGGACCAAAUUGUUUCCCUGCUUCGUCGAAUAUAACUUGUUGA